AUGACACUUGGCAGGACACUAAACAGGCGCAUAAUCUGCAGGUACGCCGAGGCUUACCUGGAGAAACCCGCCGAUUCUUCCAAGAGAUGCGUCACCACCCUGGCGAGGCAACAGCACGACGAUUUCACGUCCCAAAGGGCGAGUGAACCCGCGGUUGUCGCGUCAAACAGGAUUUUUUCGAGGAAUUACGGGAAUUUGGGGAAGGAUUGGCUCCCUGUACGCAACCAGUACACGAAAUAUCGAAUCACGAAGCCAUGGACUGCAGACAGCACCUACGACGAUAUCUUCCUCGCAGAACCAUCAAAGGAGGACUUUUAUCCGAUUUCAAAGGAAAUGCCGGUCUUUCUAAAGUUUCUCAACCUCUUGACAACCGCCCAGAAUCGUAAGGAGGCGUUUAUCGACUUUGUAAAGAGAUGUGAGAAUGGAUUGGUGGUCGAAAAGGACGUUUAUAUCACAAAGGAUGAGCUCAUCCAGUGUAUGUGGACAAACGGGUACUCCGAGUCUGAGAUUAACGCGUUUAGAUUCGCGUUCCCCAACGACUACAAGUUCCACUAUCCAGAACUCUCUGUCUUGUUUGAGAUUGAUGAAGAAGAUUGCUAUAAAUAUUGUAUAAAGGAACGUGCCUCUAACCCAGAGGAGCUUGUGGAGCUCAAGCUUAAAAAACCAACAAAUUUGGUAUCCAGCUACGGCCUGGUGUUUGUUGGAUGCUGGUUUGGACUUUCCAACGCCGUUUUGGGGAAUGCCUGGUUCUUUGCAAAGACACUCCCAUUUGGAGCCGUGUUUUAUAUGCUAGCUGCCUACUUCCAAAAGUGGGUCAAGGAAUACAUGUGGAAGGAAGAGAAUGCCCUGAUUGAAAAGGUUAAGCAGGAAAAGGACUAUUGUGAAACUGCAAUUUACAAUCAGCUCAAGAAAUAUUUGGAAGACUCCAAGUGCAAUGAAUAUGUUGAAAACUUUAAAUCGGAGGUCAUUAAACGCAUGGAUGAAUACAGGAGGGCAUUGCUCCUCAAAAUGAAGGUUGACGCUACCAAAAUGAUGAAUGACAAGUUGAGUUCUAUUGCACUCCAGGAGAAUGCAAUUGCCAAUUCACUCGAAAGGAAUAUUGUCACCGAAAUGGUAAAGCUCUUUACCCAAGUUUUUGCAACAUCGGACAAGAUGAAGGAUGACGCAGUAUUGAGUGCAAUUGAUGAAAUCAAGGGUGACUAUCACAAGGAAAAGGAUCCACUCUACAAGUUCUUUUUCGAUAGUCUUGGUGAAUUCCAAAAGAAAAAGAGCACAAAUGCAAUUGUAAAGCGUUGUAAUGAUGUAUUUGACAAAAAGGAAAAGGAAUUUUUGGACAUGUACACCAUUAGACCAAACGAGUAUGAUGAGGUAUCAUCUCUUGCAAAACUAUGCAAAUCGGAAAGUGGCUUUGAUCUCGAGAAACUUGAUAGCCAGCAAUUUGAUCGUCUAAAUACCUUGUUUGACUCUUUUAACGAGAGAAUGGGCUACUUUGUACCCGCACUACCAGAAGUUGCCGGGGCAUAUCCGGACCCAUUUGUCGAUCAACAGGUUUGA